AUCCCUCCUCCGCACCUUCCAACACCGCCGACGGCAGCACCCCACCGCCCCGACGGGGUUCGGGGCCAUCUACUACGGAACUCGGUAUGUGCAGCUGUAUCGCGAGGUCAGGGGUCCCGCAGAAGAUCCGGCGGAUAUCACCCGGGUAGUGGAAAGCGCCGGCGGCCACGUGGGGAUGUUGCGGUAUGGGUUCCCGCUGGGUGUGCACGGGCUGCACGGGCAGUACUCCGGGGCAACAACGACGACGCUCGAUCUCACGGACCCGCAGCAGGCGGAGAUGUUGCGGUGGUGGGAAGAGCAGGCGGUGCCUCCCGUGGAGGAGGAGGAGGAGGAGGACGGGUUGGUGGAGGCGGAGCGGUGGAUGGAGGAGUUUGUUUGCUGGCCUCGGAGUCCUAGUCCUAGCUCGACCUUCAGUCAAGAUGCAGACGGGAAUGCGAUUGAAGAUGCGUGGAGGCAUGAUGAUCGUAGUGUAGCAGGCGUGGCUCAAGCGCAGUCCCAGUUCCAGUCCCAAUCGCCGGGAGUUAUGGGUGUCAAUGGCAAUGCCAAUGCGAACGCUGCAUCUCCUCCGGGGACGGGGAGUACCUGUAUAAAUAAAUCCCCGGAACCGGAAACCCCUCCUCAUCAUCCUCUCCCUCUCCCCCUACCCAGUAUGUUCCCCGAGGAAGAAGACACGACUCUGCAAGACGGGCGAUGCGCGUCGCCAUCUUAUCCCCGACCACCACCGCCGUCGAUGGCCGGGUCCCCCGGGCCUAACGGCGGCGGCAGCGGGGCGCUCCGGGCGGGCAUGGCCACGCUGAGUCCGCAGCGGACGACCAUCUUCCUGAGGGACGAAGAGGAGGGCCGGAUGCGAUCUCGCCGCCCAUCGAUGGGCUGGAUCCGCUCACUCCGUGAUCACCCUCAGUAGUAUCGGGUCUCCGCGGACUGAUUUG